AUGGCAGAAGAUAAGAGUGAAUCGGACGUAAACACCAAAAUCGGAACGAUUGUAAGUCCUGAGGAGGACGUGCACACGGACUUUACUGAGAAUGUUGAGAAGAUCAUCCCGAGCACUCCUGAGGGGACCAAGGAAGAGAAUACACAAAACUUGGCUAUACCUGAGGAAAUCGAACCUGAACAAGAAGCCGAACCAAUUAAAGAGGCUGGUGUGGAAAACGAAAAAACUUCUUCGGCAGAUGUCAAUAUAACUGAGAAGUGUUCCACCACUGAAGGUGAGAAGACAGCGGCGGCUGACGAAAAUAAAACCGCACCGGAGGGAGUCAAGUCGACUAAGCAGCGAGCGCAAAUCGCUGGAUCAAUAGAAUUAAAAGAUGAAGAAAUUGGUUUGUCUACUGAGGUUCAUAAUGAAAUAUUGACUUCUAAGGAAAAGGAGAGUAGGCCUACGGAAAAAUCAGAGGAACAGGCGGAAGUUGACCCUUCUGCGCAUGAGCCUAGCAUUGACGAUCUAUGUACUUCAUUGCAAUCAGAGGAAAGUAAGCUAGCGAAACAAAUCGAGCAUUUGAAUAGUAAGACAAACUCACCUCCUCUGCCUCCAAGAGAUCAUAUUCAAUCCGAACUACCCUCUAGAGAAAUCCCUGAGCUUCCUCCCAGAGAUCAUCCUGAGCUACCUCCAAGGCAAAAAACUCCUCCGAUGUCGCGAGAAAGUGAUUCGGAUGGGGAAGCAGAAAGAAAGCAAGUACAUGCUGUACCACCGCCGUUAUCUGAAGAAUUGCAAAGUGAGACUUUCAGAAAAAAUCUUGCACUGUCGCAUGCGGGUAGCUCUCCCCCGGUUCUUCCUCCGAGGUCACAUCAGCGGUCAGAAAGUGCAGACUUUGAUUUAAUCAUCAACAGGUUCCAUGACAAUGAGGAAGAUUAUCUUUCUAAGAAUGAAACAACUAAGGAGGAUAUUCAAGAAGGAGCACGCAUUUUAAAAUCCAGUUACUCAGCUAUAUUGAAAGAAAUAAGUGCUUCUGAAAAACAAGACACUAGUGAAGAAGAACAGAAAGAAUUAGGUAAGAUCGAUUGGCCGUUUUGGACCAAGGUGGUGAAUAAUUAUGCCGAUGUGGCAAAGAAUGACUCGAUGAAAAUGGAAAAAGAAGUAGCGGCAGGGGUCCCACCUCAAAUUCGUGACAUAAUUUGGCAGUUGAUGGCGAAUUCAAAGUCGAAGGAAAUUGAUGACUUAUACACAGCUCUAUUCGACAAACAUUCAGAGCAUGAAAAGUCCAUUAAUCGUGAUCUAUUGAGAACGAAGUUCAUCCCCGACGACAAGAUAACCUCACUUUUCAACGUCAUAAAAGCUUAUUCGCUUUAUGAUCCGGAGGUGGGGUACAUUCAAGGAAUGGCUUUCAUCACCACGCCUCUGCUACUCAAUGUUGAAACAGAGUCUGAAGCUUUUGGCUUAUUGAUAAGUCUCAUGAAGAACUAUGGCCUUCGUGAUCUGUUUUUGCCUGAAAUGCCUGGCUUGCAUUUGAAACUCUACCAGUUUGACAGACUUUUGGAAGAAAACUCGCCAAGACUAUUCAAUCAUUUAGCUCGUCAGGGAAUUCGCUCUUCUAUGUACGCGUCACAGUGGUUCUUGACUUUCUUUGCGUACAAAUUCCCAUUGGGUUUUGUGUUAAGGAUAUUUGACAUAGUUUUUGCAGAGGGUAUUGAAUCAAUUUUAAAGUUCGGAGUGAUUUUGAUGCUAAAGAAUGAAGAUAUAUUGCUACAAUUACAAUUUGAUCAACUCCUCGAUUUCCUCAAGAAUGGUUUGUUUGCAUAUUACCUGAAAGAAAAUGUGAAAAAGAGACAAGAGAACAUCUCGAACCAGGAUGAAUCGUCCUCGACUCUUUCAUUUGUUCAUAAAAUUUCCUCGCAUAACAACCAAAGAGAACAUGAAAGUGAGGUCAGAGAUGAAGACUAUGCAAUUGACACUUUUGUGAAUGAUGCUAUUAAUGAGGUCAAGAUCACACCUAUAACUCUCAAGAGAUACGUUGCGGAAUACCAAGAGAUACAUGAGAUAGAUCUGCAGAAAGAGGCUCAAUUCGAGUCUUUAAGGAUCAAAAAUAAACAAUUGCAUAAUGAAGUCCGCAAGCUAGAGCAUGAUUUCACGCUAUUGAAUCGUGAACAUAUAAAUAUAGCGAACGAACUCAUCGCAAAUCGCCUAAGGAUUGAAACAUUGCAAGAUGAAAAUAACGAUUUGAGGGAGGAAGUAGUACAACUGAAAAACCAGCUUCGAGAAGAGAUUAGAAAACAAUCCCUACCAAAUCCUGAUUCUGAAUUGCCCACUGAUAUUCGUACUGAUCUGGAGAACACAAUGGCAAGAAAUUUAGAAGUGAUGAAUCAGAACCAGGAAUUACAAGAAAAGAUAACACAUCUAGAAAAAGAAAUAGAAAUUCUCAAAGGCACAAAGAAUCCCCUCGAGAGGGUUGCUUCGCCACUGAAGACAUCUAAUUGGGGUGGUCUGAAAAAGGUGUGGAAAUGA